CCUGCGUCACCAGUCCUCCUAGGUAGAGCCUAGAACCAAGCCGCCGGAUUCGGCUUGGCGCAUGUUAUCUUUCUCACCGUACCUGUUAAAAGGCCGCGUAGGUAAUCCUGCUUCGUCAUUCCGGCGUUUUUGGCGUUUUCUUGAAUUACCAUUUUUGUGACUAGCUGAUUAGACCUUAAUCACAUAGCCUGGCUAGGGAUCGCCUUGCUAUCGCAAGAAGACUGCUUUUUAACAAGCCGUCGCCUAUGGACUUCGUGGAAGAGUUCUUUUCUCUUCUUCUCAAAGGAAUUUUUUCAGUCGCCUUAAUACUAUCUCUAGCAUAUGGUUCUUUGCUCACUGAAGUAUUCAUACUCGCUCCAGAUAGAGGAGUAACUCCUCACCAUGGCAUCUUCGGGUGUCGAAUAUUCCACCGCCUCGGCCCCUGUGUAUACGGUUGGAAAUGGCCUCUCUGAUACGGAGAAGAUCGCCCUCGGUCGGCAAGACAGCCGGAUCGAAUCUCUUGCGAUAGUUGGUGAGACGGACGGCACGCACCGCAAACUCAAGGCUCGCCAUAUCCAGCUGAUCGGCAUCGGCGGCACGAUUGGCACGGCCCUCUAUGUUCAGAUCGGUGCCGCCCUACUCGACGGCGGCCCGGGAAGUCUGUUCAUUGCGUUCUCACUCUGGUGUACUGUCAUUCUCGCCGUGACCAUGUGUAUGGCAGAGAUGGUGUCAUAUCUACCCAUCUCCUCACCGUUCAUCCGUUUCGCCGGUCGUUACGUCGACGAAGCCUUCGGUUUUGCUGCCGGCUGGAAUUUUUUCAUCUUUGAGGCUAUGCUUGUGCCUUUCGAAGUGACGGCAUGCAAUGUUGUCAUUCACUUCUGGAGUGAUAUCGUGCCAGCAGGUGCCAUUAUUGCAAUCGUCCUUGUGCUUUAUGCGCUAAUCAACCUUCUGGCUGUUGAAUGGUACGGUGAAACGGAAUUCUGGGCCGCUCUCGGUAAGGUGUUACUUAUCGUCGGAUUGAUCAUAUUUACGUUCGUUGUUAUGGUGGGUGGGAAUCCGCUGCACGAUCGAUUCGGCUUUCGGUAUUGGUACGAACCUGGAUCGUUCGCUGAAUAUUACACGACUGGCUCCCUUGGCCGUUUUCAGGGUUUCAUGCAAUGCUUGAUCCGGGCGGCUUUUACUAUUGCUGGUCCGGAUUACGUCUCUAUGGCCGCUGGCGAAGCCGAAAAUCCUCGCGUGGUAAUGCCUAAAGCCUUUAAUGCUGUGUUCUAUCGGUUGACCACGUUCUUCAUGCUUGGGUCUCUAUGUGUGGGAAUUCUAGUUCCAUACAACGAUGCUGAAAUGGCCCGGGCAUUCGCUGAUUCUGCGCCUGGAGCGGCAGCUUCACCGUAUGUUGUUGCGAUGGAUCGAUUAAAUAUCCCAAUCCUCCCACACAUAGUCAACGCCAUGGUAUUGACUGCUGCCUUCUCUGCUGGCAAUAGUUAUGUAUAUUGCGCAUCGAGGUCCCUCUACGGACUCGCCCUCGAGGGCAAGGCACCCAAGCUCUUCACCAAGUGUACGAAAACAGGCGUCCCCGUCUACUGCGUGACGUUGGUAUUGUUGAUCGCGUUGCUGGCCUUCCUCCAAGUAAGCGAGAAUGCUGCAGUGGUGCUUAACUGGUUUGUUAGCCUGGUAACGGCAUCCCAACUCAUCAAUUUCAGUGUCAUGUGUGUUACUUACAUCUGCUUCCAUCGUGCCUUGGAGGCGCAGGGCAUCAGUCGCGACUCCUUACCUUACAAGGGGUUCUUACAACCUUAUGCAGCCUAUUAUGCUUUGUUCGCAACCUUCGUCAUGACCUUUGUAGGAGGCUACACGGUUUUCCUACCGGGCAAAUGGGAUGUUCCGAAUUUUCUAUUCGCCUACGUUAUGGUUGCCAUAUGUCCAAUACUCUUCAUUGGCUGGAAGCUAGUUCAUAAGACCCGGCAUUGUAGGCCAUAUGAAGUGGACUUGCUCAGAGACGUGGCUGCGGUCGAAGACUACACUAACAAGUUCGUCCCGGCACCGCCCAGGAACUCUUUCGCCAAGUGGUUCAACUGGCUGUUUAGUUGAGAGGAUAUGUUCCAUCUUGUAAAAGAACAUCUCAUAAAAAGGAUUGAAAUGAUGUCGUCCUCCAUUUUUGCAGACCCAAACGUAGAGCCGACAAUUAUACCAACUAAGUUAGGUGAUAGGGAGUCAGUUGUCGCACGAGUGCCCUGAUUAGCUUGUACGGCAGUUGC